UUAUUUAUUUAUUUACCUAAUAUUCUGAAAUUAUUUUGCCGGCAUUAGGGAAUUUAUAUUAAGGUUUUCGUUUUGUUGACGAAUCUGAAAUUUGGCCGUCAUUCCUCCUGAUGCAUCCUUCUUAAAAAACACGGGUUUGUUUUGUAUUGUAUUUCUUUCUGUUUUGUGGUUUUGUCUUUUUGAAUCCUUUUCAUUGGCUGUGGUGUGUGUAGUAAUUAGUGUUUUCCACUAAUACACUAGUGACCAUAACGUAACAAAUGCAAUGAUCAAUCCACUGGCUAAUCACAAUUUUUGAUCAUUGCAUUAAUUUAAUCAUUAAAUUGAUGAUCCGGUGAUCACCAAAAAAAAGAUCCUGAUUGCAGCACAUCACUGAUCAUAAAAGAAAAUAAAAAACAAUUGAAGCAUUGCCAUGAUGAGUGGAGGUAAUGUAACAUGGCAAUCAGUUAAACGACUAUGUGGAAUAUUUUGUUGCCCUCCGUGUCCAUCGCGUAUUGCAGCUAAACUGGCCUUCUUACCACCUGAGCCAUCCUAUGCAAUAGUUGAUGAGUCAGUGGGAGGAGGUAGAAAGAAAUUAAUUUUAAAAGAAGAAGCUGAGUGGCAAUACAGUGAUAGGGAGCUUGAAUGUAUCGAAGCUUUGACAUUACGAACAAGUAGGCAACAAACAAUAGCAGCAAUUUUUAUACACUGUGUUCCUGAUGCCAAAUAUACUAUCCUGUUCAGCCAUGGCAAUGCAGUUGAUAUAGGACAGAUGACCAGCUUCUUGGUGAGUUUAGGAUCUCGUUUGCACUGCAAUGUGAUGGCCUACGACUAUACAGGCUACGGUUGCAGUUCCGGUGCACCUUCUGAGAGGCACUUGUAUUCUGAUAUUGAAGCCGCUUGGCUGUGUCUUAACAAAAGGUAUGGCUUGUGCCCCCAGAACAUAAUUCUCUAUGGGCAGAGUAUUGGGACAGUGCCAACAAUUGAUCUGGCAUCGAAGUACGAAGUUGGCGGAGUUAUCUUGCACUCCCCACUCACAUCAGGAUUGAGGAUGGCAUUUCCAGAUACCAAACGUACCUGGUGCUUUGAUGCUUUUCCAAGCAUAGACAAAGUGCCCCGGAUAACUUCACUGGUCCUUGUCAUCCAUGGCACAGAGGAUGAAGUUGUUGACUUUUCGCACGGUCAGCUGAUUCAGCAGAGGUGCCCGAGAACAGUGGACCCCCUCUGGGUGGACGGGGCUGGCCACAACGACAUUGAAAUUUUUCCUCAGUACAUCGAACGACUCGAGCGAUUCAUCAACAUUGAUUUGGUUGUCAGUUGACUUCUCCAUUUUAUUUCUCAUUUAUCUUAUUUUUUAAUAUAUUAUCUAUGUAAUAUAUGUAUAUCUAUAUACACUAUAUAUAUAUAUAUAUAUAUAUAUAACAAAUACAUUGUUUAUGACAGUUUAUGUUCAAAUAUUAUAUUUCACUUCAUGUUUUUGUAUUUAUCUUACAUAUUUGAAUUUGCGUGUACCUCAAGUUAUUUACAGGCAAGUACAUUUAAACAUGUUUGUAUUAAAAGUUAAUGUCCGCCAACUGAUAA